AUGGGUGGUAGUCUAGGCUCAUCCUCUAGUCAAUCCCCCAUCUUGCAGGCGCGCAUCAACGAAAAGAGGGCAGAGCUAGAAAAUCUGAAGCAAUUACGAGAUUUGAGCGCAGGGCUAGCUGGACAGAUGCAAAUGUUGGAAGAGAAGCUUUCGACUCUUUCUGACGGAACAGAAGCUGUCGCAACAGUGUUGGGAAACUGGCACAAUGUUCUGCAGGCCAUCAGUAUGGCAUCUAGUAGGUCACAAGGUACUUUUCUACCAACCCCAGUCUUCUAA